GUUAAGCAUCAGGAAGAUCAUAUAAGCUCAUGCAAUGAUCAAGUUAAUCAUCAGAUUGUUGCAGGGAAGAAGAGCAUAUUAGAAAUGGGUAGCAGUAGCUAUGGUAUCACAGCCAGGCCUGUCAUAUUGCUUGUUCAAGUCUUUGGAGUAACAGCAUGUGUACUAGUGCUUUAUUGGUGCCUCCAUUAUGGAGGAGGAUUAGCUUUCAGCUCCUCAAACAAAGACCAUAUCUUCAAUUUGCAUCCUGUUAUGAUGUUUAUUGGCUACAUAUUUCUUGCCAGCCAAGCUAUUCUAUCUUUCAAAAUGGUUCCUGUGAAGAAAAAGCUUCAGAAAAUAGUCCAUCUGAGUCUCCUAGGGCUUUCUACCAUCAUAGGUGCUUUUGGGAUAUACCCAGUCUUUAAAGUCCACCAUGAGACCAAUAUUGACAAUAUGUUUAGCUUGCAUUCCUGGAUAGGAAUGGGUGCUGUCUGUCUGUUUGGUGUGCAGUGGAUGGUGGGAUUCAUAACAUUCUUGUACCCUGGAGCAUCAAUGAGGAUAAGGACUAGUGUGGUUCCUUGGCACGUAUUUUUUGGGCUUUUUCUGUAUGCAAUGGCAAUUGUAGCAGCAGAAACGGGGUUUCUAGACAAGCUUGAGAUUCAAGAGAUUGAGACAGGAUUAGAUAAGUUCGGUUCAGAGGCCAUGCUUGUCAACUUUACUGCCGUUAUCAUCCUCCUAUUUGCAAUGUUGGUCGUUCUAUCAACCGUCCUUCCAGGGGCAUAAAAUCAAAAUAAGUAGAAUGAAAAAUUGUGUAUGUUAUUGUUGACGUUUUACAUUACACUCAAUAAUUAAGUGACGUGUAGAAACAAAGACUUUCUUGUACAAUUAAUAAUUAAGUGAUGUGUAGAAACGAAGACUUUUUUGUACAAUUAAGAUGUACUUAUUAUUAUUUAUAAUAUUUGAGAAGUUG